CUCUCUCUCUCUCUCUCCAAAAAAAUGUCCAAGAAAAUAAUACUAUCUGACAAUAAACGCAAGCUAUCUCUCACAUGCGCGGCGGCAAUAAUCGAGAUCAAUGUUGAUCUUCUAACAGAAAUACUCCUACGAGUCCCCGCCAAAUCACUCAUCGGAUUCAAAUCCGUAUCCAAACAAUGGCUCUCUCUCAUCUCCGACGCCCGAUUCUGCCGCAACCAUACCCGACAAAAUCCCUCCCCUCCCAUCUCCGGCCUCUACUUCUACCCCAAACGGCCCGAACGAGAUCAAUCGUUACCAUUAAACAAUCGACUCAACGCCGUCUCGGUUUGCGAUCACCCAGGGACAAGUCUUCCGAGUUUCUCAUUUAUGGAGGAUUCAGGACCAGGAUCUGCAUUAACAGUUGCUCACUCUUCCAAUGGAUUGAUGCUGUGCACCUUUGGGAUUUCCAAUUACACGGUUUGUAAUCUGACCACCCAAAAGUUCGUGGUUCUUCCCAAACUCGCCGUUCUAAAUUACAAAUCGCUGGUUUGGUUACGACAUUACUUGAUUUAUGAUCCUAAGAAAUCACCUUACUAUAGAGUUGUGGUGGUUAGUAAUACUUAUGAUCACUCGGGUACUUCCCGAUUCGAUGUGUACUCUUCCGAGAGCGGCUCUUGGAAAAGCACGGUUGCCACCCCGGGGAUUUCCAACCCGGUGUUGGGACAUGGGGCCGUUUGGAAUGGAGCAAUCUUUUGGAUGCAUUGCUGGCCGGGUCCUGAGAGUUGCUCGGAGCAUGAUCACUUUUACUUUCGAUUCGACAUAGAUGCAAAGAGGCCAACUACGACAGGAGUGCCAUCCCCCGGUAAUCAUUCUAAGCUGAUUAUGUAUUUUGGAGAAUGUGGGGGCCAUUUGCUUCUUAUACAAAUUCCUCGCCACAAUGCUACAGAAUUCAGGGUGCUUGAGAUGAUGGACGGUGAGAAUAAAUUUCGGUGGACUGUCAAAUAUAGCGUUGAUCUAGGACCCUUAAAAUUGCCAAGAAGUAUCUCCUAUAGGUUUUCGGUGUUAGGUGUUAUGAAUGUGGGAGCAAAUGAAAAUGAUCUGGCAGUGGUGUUAGACGGUGGAGGCAAAGUCAUACAGUAUAAUAUUAAGGGCAAGACAUCGCGGGUGCUUUGUUUUUUGGGGUUCGGAGAUGACUUUCUAUUUUCCACAUCCAAUCCUCUCAGGGGUUCUUAUCACUUCAUCGAAAGUCUAACGCUUGUUUGA